AUGACUUUCAUUUUCCUCCUCCUCAUUUUCUCUCUCCCUUCCCACUCCUCCGCCCGCUCCACCACCCUCUCCCUCUCCCCCACCGCCCUCCCUCCGCCGCUCCAAACCGACCUAUGGCAGAAGCUCCGCCACCUCUCCGCCGCCUCCUCAGCUAGAGCCCACAACCUCAAACACCCCCAAUCCAACCCCACUACCACCACCACCACCACCACCACCGCCGCCAGCGCCCCCCUCUUCCCCCGCGGCUACGGCGGCUACUCCAUCUCCCUCGGUGUCGGAACCCCGCCGCAGAACCUGUCCUUCCUCAUGGACACCGGCAGCAGCCUCCUCUGGUUCCCCUGCACCCAGCGCUACUCCUGCAGCUCCUGCAGUUUCCCGGGAUCCGACCCGGCCUCCCUGCCCGUUUUCAUACCCAGAUCCUCCUCCACCUCCAGAAUCGUCGGCUGCCGGAACCCGAGUUGCAAAUGGAUCUUCCCCGACGUCCAGUGCCGCGAAUGCGCCCAAAACGCCACCACGUGCAGCGAAUUAUGCCCUCCGUACAUUAUCCAGUACGGAUCCGGAUCCACAACCGGGUUGCUCCUUUCCGAUUCUUUAAACCUCCCUGGCCGAACCGUGGAGAAUUUCACCGCUGGGUGCUCCGUUUUCUCGACCCGACAGCCCGAGGGCAUUGCUGGAUUCGGGCGCGGCCCACAAUCCCUCCCCUCCCAAUUAGGCCUCACCCGAUUCUCCUACUGCCUCGUCUCCCACAGAUUCGACGACUCGCCGGCGAGCAGCGAUUUGGUGCUCACCGCAGCCACAAGCCGCUCGAAAACCGCCGGCGCCGAGUACACCCCUUUCCGGCAAAACACAUCGACCGGAAACCCCGCGUUCGGAGACUAUUACUACAUCACACUUCGGAAAAUCACAGUCGGAGGAGUCAACGUGAAGGCGCCGUACGAGUUCCUGGCGGCCGAUGCCUCCGGGAAAGGCGGGACGAUUGUGGACUCCGGCACGACAUUCACGUACAUGGACAAGGGGGUUUUCGAGCCGUUGGAGGAGGAGUUUGUGAGGCAAGUGGGGAGGAAUUACAGCCGGACCGUGGAGGUCGAGAAACGGGCCGGGCUCAGGCCGUGUUUCAAUGUGUCAGGUGAAGAAACGAUUACUCUACCGCAGUUAACUUUCCAUUUUAAGGGCGGUGCGGAGAUGGUUUUGCCGCUUGCAGAUUAUUUCUCGUUCUCGGAGGAAUCGGUCGUGUGCAUGACGAUUGUGACGAGCGAUGGGGCGCUUGGAGGAGGAGUCGGGCCGGGCCCUUCGAUUAUUUUGGGUAACUAUCAGCAGCAGAAUUUUUACGUGGAGUAUGAUUUGGAAAAUGAUCGGUUUGGGUUCAAGAGGCAGUUGUGCAGAUGA